CAACCCUUCAUUUAUUCCAAACAUUCUUCUCUCUUCCCUUCUCUUUAACCCUUCCUUCUUCCCUCAUUCUCACCACCACCACCGUCAUGGACCUCCACCGCCGGCCACCUCCCUCCGGCGACCACAUCGCCGCCGUGGUCAGGCACCACCGUCGUAAACGACCUUCCUCCACUUCCCCCAUUCCAAAGGCCUCCGACGCGCUACCUCUCCCGUUGUAUCUCACCAACGCGAUCUUCUUCACGCUCUUCUUCUCCGUCGCGUACUACCUCCUCCACCGCUGGCGCGACAAGAUCCGCAGCUCCACACCUCUCCACGUCGUUACUCUCUCCGAGAUCACCGCCAUUGUCUCCCUCAUCGCGUCCUUCAUCUACCUCCUCGGUUUCUUCGGCAUCGAUUUCGUCCAAUCGUUCAUCUCACGCGCUUCCAAUGACAUCUGGGAGGAAGACGACGACGUCUCCGCCGCUGACAACAAACCAACCCCCAAGGUUCAACCACCACCGCCGGUGGAAACCCCGGAGGAGGAUGAGGAGAUUGUGAGGUCGGUGGUGGAGGGUGAUACACCUUCAUACGCGCUGGAAUCGAGGCUUGGAGAUUGUCGUCGCGCCGCCGCGAUUCGCCGGGAGGCGCUGCAGAGGUUGACGGGGAGGUCGUUGGAGGGUUUGCCGUUGGAAGGGUUUGAUUACGAGUCGAUUUUGGGGCAAUGCUGUGAAAUGCCGGUGGGGUAUGUUCAGAUUCCGGUGGGGGUGGCGGGGCCGUUGUUGUUGGAUGGGUUUGAGCACACGGUGCCGAUGGCGACGACGGAAGGGUGCUUGGUGGCGAGUACUAACAGAGGGUGUAAGGCGAUUUACGCUUCCGGUGGGGCGAGUAGUGUGGUGUUGAAAGAUGCUAUGUCAAGAGCACCGGUUGUUAGAUUUGCUACUGCUAAGAGAGCUGCACAGUUGAAAUUCUUCUUGGAGGAUCCUCUCAAUUUUGAUACAUUGGCUGUUGUUUUCAACAGGUCAAGUAGAUUUGCCAGGCUUCAAGGUAUUCAGUGUGCUAUGGCUGGGAAGAACAUUUAUUUGAGAUUCACCUGCAGCACGGGUGAUGCCAUGGGGAUGAACAUGGUCUCCAAAGGAGUUCAGAAUGUUCUUGACUUCCUUCAAAAUGAUUUCCCUGACAUGGAUAUUAUUGGCAUCUCUGGAAACUAUUGUUCGGACAAGAAACCUGCUGCUAUAAACUGGAUUGAGGGACGGGGUAAAUCAGUUGUUUGUGAAGCAAUUAUCAAAGAAGAUGUGGUGAAGAAGGUAUUGAAGACUAAUGUUGCUGCCCUUGUGGAGCUUAACAUGCUCAAAAACCUUGCUGGUUCUGCUGUUGCCGGUGCUCUCGGUGGAUUCAACGCACAUGCUAGUAACAUAGUUUCUGCAGUAUUUUUAGCCACCGGUCAAGAUCCUGCUCAAAAUGUUGAAAGCUCCCAUUGCAUAACAAUGAUGGAAGCCGUUAAUGAUGGAAGAGACCUUCAUAUCUCAGUGACUAUGCCUUCCAUUGAGGUUGGUACUGUUGGUGGUGGGACUCAACUUGCAUCUCAGUCCGCUUGCUUGAAUUUGCUUGGUGUGAAGGGUGCCAGCAAGGAGUCACCAGGAUCAAAUUCGAGACUCUUGGCCACCGUUGUCGCCGGAGCUGUUUUAGCCGGAGAACUGUCUCUGAUGUCUGCCAUUGCUGCAGGGCAGCUAGUGAACAGCCACAUGAAAUACAACAGAUCAAGCAAAGAUGUAUGCAAAGUACUAACAUCUUAAGGACAAAGAUGUGGUGGUUGUCAUUAUUUGUUGUGAAUUCUAAAAUAAAAACACCAAGCUCUGAGCCCGAAAUCCGGAAUUUAGGGAAGAAAAUGCAAAAUGGAAGGCAUUAGAUUAGAUUGUUGGCACUCAAGUUUGGCUCUGUAUUGAUAUGUAUUAUUUGGUUGGAGGAAAAUAGAGUUCUACCUGUUUGGUGUACAUGUUUGGUAGCUUAUUCUGCAGAGCCAUUUGGAUAUGGGUGUUGGCAUUCUGCUUCUCCUUAACCGAGACAUUUGACGUGUUGUAUUAAAAUUCUUUUCCUGAUAUAAUAUGUACCUACCAUUGUUUAUGAUCCAUUUGUUUCUGUGUAGUUGGGGACCAUGUAACCGAGUGGUUUGAUGUUUUUUUCUCUUGUCAUGUUGUCCGUUAGUACCCAUGAAUUCAAUUUGACCAUGUCUUUCCUA